AUGUCGUCGGUCAAGGCAACCAAGAAGGGCGCCUUCUCGUGCGAGCCAUGCCGCAGGCGCAAGGUCAAGUGCGGCGGGGAGCAGCCAGUCUGCCACCGUUGUGCCGCUCGCAACGGCGACUGCGUAUACAAGCUGAACCCGACACGGUCGUACACGCAGCGCCUGGAAGAACGAAUUAAGGAGCUCGAAGACCAGCUCGCCAACGUCUCCAAAUCACCCGCGUCCGCAGCGGCUUCAUCGCACUCCAGCCCACCUGUGAUCAGCGCUCACAAUGCGUCCUGGUCGCCUCGUACAGCCAACGAGCACGGCAUCACGCGUGGCUUCCGCGGCCUCAAGAUCGACGAUAGAGGCGGCAUCACGUACCACGGCACCGCCAGCUUCUUCAACCUACCCAGCGACCGCUUGCCUGUCGGCUCCGACUACAUGGCCAACAACGAUUCCAAUAUCCAGCGGAGAGAGCGGCUGGUCAACAUCGCCUGGCAGCAGCGAGCUCUGGAAAACCUGAGCCAUUUCAAUACUUGCUGA